AUUCAUUUCUGUGCAUAUCAAUGAAUUCCAACUAUAACAUCUCUAAAGAUAGAAAAACUGGUUUGUGACUAUAGAUAAGUCUAAUUACUACUGUAUACAAAAUGUCAGGAAACUAAAAAAAAGAUGCCACUAUCUAUAUGUAAUAAUUUACAAUCUUGUGUCCCAGAGACAUCGAGUAAAACUGUCAUGUAACAGGUUGAUUUACAAAUAUUGUGCGUCAAAGUUACAAGGGCUGCACACUAUUGAUAUUUUUUUUGGAGAUAAUUUUCUUCAAGUAUGUUAAAUUUAAACUCUAAAUUCGAAACCUAAAUUAUUUAAUCAACAUGCAUGUUUCACAUGAUUUCUGAUCGUUGAUCACCAUCCACAUGCGCAUACACAGGCAUUACCUUUUACAUACCAGUUUUUCUGUUACCUGGAUCGACCUAAAACAUCUACUUUACAUUUACUAAAACUUUUUGACGUAUUAAAAUCAACCAGUUAUUGCGCAAACUAUUUCAAUGCACAUUUGCGAUAUUCUGAUAAAUCUGGUAUAUUGUGCAGCAUUAAUAGUUAAUAGUGCCUUUCAAUAUCAUCAGUAUAUUUCUGAUGUAACAUAUAUAAAAACAUAUAGCUUGAUGCUUAAAUGUAUACUUAAGUAUAAUAUCUCUGUAGUUUUUACACCCCUGGCUGGUUUCACAUAGAUACAUUAUCUACCACCAUGAUUGGUUCUCCAGAUUUGGUGGCCUUCACUAAAGAGCCCGAUUUCGAAGAUACACCCAUCGAUCCAUUUGCGCUUCCAGAGGAACUGUCUGUACCCUCUUAUACUGGUGACGGCACACCGUGGUCUAAGAUGUCUAAUGUGAAAUUUAAAAAGGAUUUUAUCCUUUUAGCUGAGUUUUCCGAACAAGUUGGGCCCCAGCCUUUGCUUACAGUUCCUCAUGAAACCAAAGCUUGUGGGACAUUUGAUUUGAACCACUUCUCCCUCCGAAUUAUGUCAGUGGACUAUCAGACCUCCCUCACUGGCUCAGGGAUCAACACCCCUAAACUGAACUUCAUGGAGGACUCCAAAGUAGUUUUAGGAGAUUCCAAAGAGGGAGUGUUUUCAUACAUACACCACUUCACGCUGUAUGACCUGGAGGCUCGAGGGUUUGUGCGGCCUUUCUGCCUUGCCUACGUGUCGUCCGAUGAGAAUAAAAUCAUACAGCAAUUUCAGCAGCUUUCUUCGGAGUUCUCCAAGGUUUCGGAAUGUCUGAAAACGGGGAACAGAAAGAGCUUUGCAAAUGAACUUGAAACCAAACUAAGGGAUUUAGAGUAUACAAGAGUUGUUUUACUUCGAGAGACUGAGGGAGAGAAUGUAAUGAACUCAUCUGUUAAGUACACCAAUGAAAGGGAAUGGACGUUAAAUGAUAUACCAACAUUAGAGAGAGAAACAGAGAAUGAGAAACUUAAAGACAAAUCACUGUUACACAAAGAAGAAGUGAAUGUUCAAGAGGAAGCUGGACAUGCAAGACAGAAACUAGAGACACGAAAUUGUACAUUGCAGCUUGAAAGUGAAAAUGCCUCAAAUAACAGGUCUGCUGUGCUUAUCAAUAGAACAGAAGAACAGAAGGACAAGCUGAAGAAAGAGUACUGCUCAAAGCCAGUGGAUAAAAUAACAGAGGAACUGAUGAAUGUGGAGAAAUCUAUUCAAGAACAUAACGGCCUUCUGAAACAAGUCACCUCCUACCCAACAAGAAAGCUCAGAGACUCUGACUUCUCUCCUUAUGAACCGGACGACCUUCCUCAUUCUCUGGAGCUUGACCUGGAUGAUUCUAGACCGCAUGGUCAAUUCUCCGGGCCAGUCCCAGAUUGCAGUGUCAUUCCUUACAUGAACACACCCUUGCAUUCUCCAAAGCUGAUUGACACCACUUCAUGUAGGAGAUUUGACAGGCGCCUGAAAACUCUUGAGGAGUUGUGCGACGAGUACUUCCACCAACAGGCCUUACAGCAAUUGCACUCCAUUGAAAAGACAUUCAGAGGAGACGCCAGUCAUAUCUACACAAACCAACUGUGCCAAAAUCUGCUCCGCAAUCUCAAAUCCACAAAUGUUUUGUUUGAGGAUACUUACGACUCAGAAGAUGCUGCAGGAUUACAGCCAGGAAAAGCUGCCAGUCAUUCAUCAAUCUAUCAAGCGUCUUUUCUUCCAGCAUCCACGAUUCUGAGUGAACCUGUGAGUCUUGAAUCAUAUGCCUCUUGUGUUGAAAUGGUGCCUAUAAAACUAGAGUUGGGUGGGAGUAGCCCAUCUGUAACCUUAUCAAGGACCUUAAGUGGUCCUUCUGAUGAGAACCCACCCCUUUCAUCUGAAGUACAUGCAGAAAUUGAAGACAAUGGGGAAGUUUCGACACCAGAUUGCGGUCAUUCCCAAGAUGCAGCUGUGAUGAAGACCAGCAUUAGCAGUGGAGACAGUAUUGAGGUCUUGGGAACAGAAAAGUCCUUCAGGUCACAGUGUUCAAGUGUACCUAGCAAUACAGCAAUGCCAAAACCUGCACCCACCUGUACCACAGCAGCACCAGAGGGUCUAAAGCAAGCGAGGGCACCCACCGGGCGGACUUGCAGUGAGGACAGCAUUGAAGUGCUUAGCACGACAGACUCAUUCCUUCCUGAAGACCUGCGGGCUUCGUACCCAUGCGCUAUCGAUGAGGAAAGCCUGGAGCAAGACACUGAUGAGAAAGACUUGAUGUCUCAAAACCAAAAGGACAAACAAGUUGAGUGUGUUGUGGAUGAGUCACAUGGUUGUCCAUCAAUAACUCUAUCCCCACCAGACCCUGCUGUAACGUUCCCUUCUGAUGAUGACUGUCAUGCAUCAUGUACCAAUCUCUCCUUGUUGGAGGAACCCUGCCCGACAGUACGGGAUGAUUUAUCCGACUGCUUUAGUUUUCGCAGCACCACGGCCUCAACAGCUUCUGACACUUUCUCCGCUUGUAUUCAUGGGGAUAAAAGAGAAGGUGGGAGCAGACAGAGGUGUGGGCGAGUAGGACGGGCAGCAUUGAAAUUCCUGCGACAGUUUCCGUUUACAGUACACGCUGUGUUUAGCCUUCUGAGCGGACGUACGCUGGUAGUGCUAGGGAGUGAGGAGGGUACAGUAAGGCGACUGGUUGCGGCACUGUCCGUCUACACACCACAUUCAAGUAGUUACAGAGAAAGUGUUCAACCUUGGAUUUCAACACAGCUGCAGCUUACCGACCUGCUUAACUGGAAACUUAUCGGAUUCAACAGGAUGUGCUCUCCCACUCCAGGUUUUCCUCACUGUCUGGGCCAUUAUAGCCGAUACAUCAGUGUUCUGGACGCAGAUCAAAAGACACUGCGAUGUCCGACAUAUAGCGGUACUCUUAUCAACCAUCUGGUGGAUCCAAGGAGCCACAUUAUACGAGGGAGCACCUACUUCUUGUUUGCUCAGAGUGUGCUAGGCAAGCUUGUUGCCAGAGCCUUCUUCUUAACGUUCUCGCAUACUCUAAAAAUGGGCACAAACUCUCGUAAGAGUACACAGACGGUGCGUUGUCUUGAACACCUUCACAGAGAUGACAAGAAAAUCCUGCACUAUUUAUCUGAGCUCAUCAAACUGCAUUUCACAGACGUUCCACCAAAUGUCCUUCGAUUCAGCUACACCGCCAACUCAGUAUUCAAACUCUAAAAAAACCUAAUUUACACUGAAACUAAUCAAUGUAAAGUGUGGUUUGAUUGUUUGCCAGCAUAUUUUGUUUUUGCACAUUUUUGACAGUGAUCAACAGAUUUUCUGCAUGCUUUACAAUAUUACAGUAAUACUCUUUUGUUACGAGCCCAUUUGGUAUCUAAAGCAAAUCAAUAUUAAACAGCUUUGUAUUAAUGUACACUGCUGGAUUGUGGACUGCUGUUUAAAUUUCUUGUACUUUAUUCAUUGUGGAUGUGCAGAGAUUCUACAAAU